AUGAUGAUCUUCUGUGAGGCAUUGGAUUCAUUGAUUGAGAGGAUUAAACCAUUGCUUAAUGGUGUCGAAGAAGUACUACCUUCUGCAAGGAGAAGUAUUGAUUUUGAAACUAGUUUAAAUGAACCAGAUCCUGUUAAAGCAAAAGGAAGCGGGAAAAGACUUAAGGGCAGAAAGGAGUUGGCGAGAGAAAAAUACAAAGGUCGGCGUUGUAAUGGGUGUGGAAAAUAUGGACAAACACACGACAAAAGGAACUGUCCUAUGCUUCAAAAAUCAUCUUCAAUUGUUGACAAAGAUGCUUUUAAUGGCAUGGAUAAUAGUUCUUCGUCACAGGUAAUUAUAGUGAUUCACAGAACUUAUAUUAUUUUGUUGAUGAUUGAAUAA